UACAAGGCUAUGUCCCGCCCCGAGAUCCACUGAUGGCAUAGACCGAGCAGCACAUUUGCAGUACGAAAGAGUUGGAGACCCGAGGAGCACGCUGCUUCCCGUUUUUUCUCCGCUUGACCCGCUUCACUGACAGAGGACCGAAUCAGGCACAGAUCCACGGGUUCAAGUUACGCAUCGGAGCGCAUCGGCUACAAGUUUCAAAUGGACAGAAGCUUGGAGACGAUCGGCCUAACAAGUAUGGGAUUAUUCUUGUAAUGUGGAUUGCUACUCCUCAAGAAAGCCAGGAUCUGCCGCGGAACGAUGUGAGACGCUGCGCCUCUUGGAUUCUCGUGUUUCUGGAUAUCUUGAAAAUCAUUGGCAACAGUUGAAAGAACGAGAGAAAAUCUACGCUCAAAAGAAGAAGAAAAAAGGAUUGCACGCUCUCAACCUUGGGACCAGCAUGGAUCUGCCUUUACAACCCCCGGCUCCUCACUCACAGAAGUUUUAGCCGGUCCACUUGUUCUUGAUUUUUUUCUUCUUCUUCUUCUCUUUUGAUGUUUUGGGACAGAUCGCCUCAUCGGCCGCUUUUAUUUUGAAAUAUUUUUAUAUUGGACUAGACAUUCAACACCAUGAACUUUAUUGACAGUUUGACACUAUUAUUUUUGACACUGUCAGCUGUCAAGAGUGCCCACAUACCGAAGGAAGCAGCGAGAGGUCCACAUGACGUGAUCCCUCUAAUGGAGGUGUACAACAAGAGUUUGUGUCAGCCACGAGAGCUGCUGGUGGAUAUCCUACAGGAGUAUCCAGAAGAAGUGGAGCACAUCUUUAUCCCCUCCUGUGUGGUUCUGAAAAGGUGUGCCGGGUGCUGCAAUGACGAGAUGCUGCAGUGCACGCCAACAGAAACGUAUAAUAUAACAAUGGAGAUUAAAAGAAUAAAACCCCAAAGGCAACAAAAUGACAUUUUCAUGAGUUUUACAGAACACAGCGCAUGUGAGUGUAGAUUAAAGAAAGAAGUGAAAGAACAGAAAGAAAAAAAAUCCCGGAAAGGCAAGGGCAAAGGCCUAAAGAGAAAGCGAAAGAAAAACAGUGACAAAACAAUUCACGAUGCUGUCUGUGAGCCAUGUUGUGAUCGCUGCUCAGAGAAGAGAAAGCGUUUGUUUGUGCAGGAUCCUGCAACCUGCCGGUGCUCCUGCAAACACACAGAUGAAUACUGUAAAGAACGCCAGCUAGAGCUCAACGAGAGGACCUGCAAAUGUGACAAGCCAAGAAGAUGAGAGUGGUGGCAGCACCAGAUGUACAAGAUGAAGGAAUAUUCUCGCGAUAUUUCAUAGCACAGCACUUUUGAACUGUAAGCUCUUCUGUAGAUUGCAUUCCCGUUGGACUGAGAGAGAACAAACAGAAAGACUGAACCGAAGUUUCCUCCUCUGUAUAUCUGUGUGUACAUAGACCAUGAUAAAAGAAAAAAAGAGUUAUGCUGCUACAGAAACGAGUAUCUAAGCCCAUCAUUUUACUAAAAGCAAAAAGUAGCCGCCAUGUGUUUUUUUUUUUUUUGUCAUUUCUAACAAGCUUGAGUUGCAGGUGUAGUGUUAUUGUCAUUUUGUACAACUUCUUCACUGGAUAUAACUCUACUGUGGUUUAGUGUCGCCAUCGCCCACAAAACCUCUACAUAUAUUUAACUCCGAAAUCAGUGGGUGAUAUGGAUGAGGACAUGGCCGCGCUCUACUUUCAUAAAAAGACAAAAAUGAUGGAUGGACUUAAGUUGGCUGACUGCUGCGUAGGCUUCAAGUUGACCUAAACAACAAGACAAACGGGACAGUUGAUGGAGAUCUGUCCCUGCUUCAUGUGGCUUUCUUCCCUCUGAGGACACGGCAGGACUGCAAUGGACUUGCACAAUGUGAUCAGAGGAGACUCUGGACUUGUGGUGCCAUAUACUUCUAAAGGGAUACUGGUCAUCAAUAUAGAAUUUAAUGUUUGCUAUGUACAAGAAACCACUGAAAAAUAAUAUACUGUAGUUUGAUUCCAUUUGAUAAUGUACUGAGAGAUCUUUAAGAGCUUUUUAAAUUAUUUUUUUCUGUUUUUCUUUAAGGAGAGAGGAUUAUCAGCAUCUCUUUACUGUUGAACACAAUACAAGAAAUCAAAUGAUAACACAUCUUUGCUCAGUACUUGUACAUACGUAUCCCUUUGUCAUAGUCCAUUUUAGAUAAUUUAUAAUAUUUUACAGUAUUUCAUUUACAUAUUUAAUUUUCUUUAUUUAUGUAUGGUGUGUUAUGUACUUAUAACUGUCUUUUCUCCUUGUUUGUAAGGUUACUGAAGGCUGCUCUCAACCUGGACACUCUUUGCGCUUUCCUAUAACAAAAAAUAAUAAUUUAACAUUCCCUUAACAGAUCAUGCAAAUUACUAACGACAUCUCCAUUGCAACCCCUUUGGUGUAUGGAUUUGUGUGCCAUGUGAAGGUAAAAACUUUGUCGUGUGAGUGCCUGUAUGAAUGAGUUCUCCUGCAUUCGCUGUGUGCACAUUUGUCCGCGCGUCCUACAGUUAAACCGUAUUUAAGUAGUUACAUUUCUGGACUGUGUUUUGUGCAAGAUGCAAAAAAAAAUUGAUAAACUACUGCUAGCAGCUCCCCAGGCGCCCCCACCACAACACCACCCGGUCAAACUUGGAUCUCCAUCCUGUCUGCCAGCAGUCGUCGAGCCUUCUCUGUUAGAUUCUGUUUUCUUCUUUCCCAGCUAUUAACGUGUUUAAUGUGUCUAUGUAAAAAAUAUAUAUUUAUUUUAAAAUUUUUAUAUAAAAUAAGAAAAAGGUUGCUGUGUUGUGAA